ACCUUCACAAGGUGUACCAGUUGUAUUGUUGAUUUUUCGGAAGCGGGAAAUAUUUUUUUUUUAUUCGAUCGAAGAACCUCAAGUGAUUUGUUGUGUUGAAUAUUGUGAACCACUCGAUGAGCGGGUGGUGGAAAAAAAAACUUUAAUUUUGCUAAACUCACCGAUUUGAUUGUAACGAAUUUUGUUGAGUGAUCUUGAAGUGGUUUAUGUUUCAUUUCUAAAUAAAUUAUAAAAAAAAUGGAAAUCUCAUCACAAAUACACGGAUACAUGCCCGCAUUCAUGAUGGACCUAUCAUUUUACCGAUCGUACAGUUCCGCCGAAGAAACCAGUUCGAUAUUGUCCAACAGUCCUCCAUACACAUCAACGCCAUCAUCACUACCAUUCAAUUCACCAUACCAAUCACCAUGGCCCAUACAAAACAGUUUAGUGGACUCAUCCUCUUCAUCGGUACGAUACGAUCAUUCAGUGGUGGAAAAUUCGUGUGAAAUUCGACAGCACUCCAAUUUACCGGUACAAAGAAAAACCAAAGACUCAUCGCCAAAAACGAAUUCAGACAACCAAAAAGCUCGUGGUCGACGAAAAGGUUCCACCGCACCGAAGAAACCAAAGUCCAUAUCGCCGAACAUUGCGAUAAUGAAAAAGCGCAGACUAGCAGCCAAUGCACGUGAACGGCGUCGGAUGAGCGGAUUAAACGAAGCGUUCGAUAAGUUACGGGAUGUUGUGCCAUCGCUGGGAGCGGAUCAUAAACUGUCGAAAUUUGAAACACUGCAAAUGGCACAGACUUAUAUAUCGGCAUUAUGUGAUUUAUUGGAGCGCGGAGCGGAUGAGACGACGUACACUUUAUUUCAAGACAAAAGCUAUUGUGGAAGUGAUUUUUGAGCAAGAAAUUUAAUUUAUACAAAGAGACUAAAUAGAGAAUGUGGUUUAUAGCGAAGGUUUGGUGGUUUUUAUUUUGUAGAUUUUUCUUCAGACCGAAUGCAGUCAGUGGUUUGAAUGUG